AUGACAGGUGGAGAAGACUUUAACGCUGCUGCAAACAUAAUGAUACGAGUAGAAAAUCCUGAAAGUUCUCAAAAUAUAGCCGACAUCCAAAAUGAUGAGAAGAUGGCUCACAUGGCGCAAGAGCUUGAGAUUUUGAGAGAGGAACUACGUCAAGUGCGAGACUUGGCCAAGCUUUCGGCUACUACCUUCCCAAGUUUCAAGAUGCCCAGCUACCUCCCUAGAGCUGACCUGCCUCCUGCAGAUUCUCCAAACAUGCCUAAACGUGCUCCUAUUCAUGGUCAAGCGCCAUUAGCUCAUCCGUCUGCAAUCAGGACUGCUCCUGACCUUCCCACUCAAGACCCCGUCACACCUACCUACCCAGUGACAAACCAGAUAUUUAGAGCACACACCGUCGCUCCUUAUGAUUCACAGAUCCCACCUGUAUAUGCUGUUGAGGCCCCUACUUUCACGACACCGGUUAGGGUCAAGGUCCCGCAUGAGGUGGACCAAUAUGCAGAGAUGGAGAAGGAUGCCCGAUUGAAAGAAGAUGAGUCAAUAGACGCUCAACUUCGAUGUCUAAGAAAGGCGUUGAAAAACCUACAAGUCUCUAGGGGAACAGAGAGCCUAGAUUAUGAUGACUUAUGUAUCCACCCAGAUAUUGACAUGCCGGUAGGAUACAAGCCCCCAAAGUUUGACAUAUUUGAUGGAAAGAGCGAUCCUCACGCACAUCUGAGGGCAUACUGUGACAAGUUAGUUGGUGUAGGGAGAAAUGAGAAACUAAGAAUGAAGUUGUUCAUUCGAAGUCUAUCUGGAGAAGCGUUGACUUGGUAUACACGCCAGGAUCCUCACAAAUGGUAUAACUGGCAGGAAAUGGCUGAGGAUUUCAUGAAUCGCUUCAGAUUUAAUACUGAAAUCACUGCGGACAGGUUCUCAUUAGCCAACAUACAAAAGAAACCAUCGGAGGACUUCCAGGAGUAUGCACGACGUUGGAGAACCGAGGCUGCAAGGGUUCAACCACCGCUCGAUAAGAGUGAGCUCUCAAAAUACUUUAUUCGAGCCCAAGAAGGUAUCUACUUUGACAAGAUGAUGUCAAUGAUGGGCCAAAAGUUUGCAGAAUUGAUCAAGAUGGGAGAUUUUAUAGAGGAAGGCAUCAAAUCAGGUAAAAUUCAGUCCAUGGCUGCAUUGCAAGCUGCAAGUAAGGCCAUACAAUCAGGAUCCCUUGGUGGCAUCAAGAAGAAAAGGGAGGAUGUUUCAGUCGUCAAUUACCAACAUGGAGGACAAUCCCACCAAUACCCCAACAAUCCCCAAAUUGUUGCACAUACUCCAUACACCUCGUAUCCAGUAUAUAAUACCCGACCACACUAUAAUCCACCUCGAGCACCAAUAUACCAAAGUCCAACAAGACCACAUGUCCCACUCCAAGCACCAACCCACCAAAAUAGACCAGCAUAUGUGCCAAGACCACGUCCAAAUCUCGAAGCCAGAAAUACUCGCACCUACACACCCAUUGCUGAACCUUAUGCUCAAUUGUUUGAAAGGUUGAGGAUAGCAGGAGUACUACAUCCAGUUGAGGGAAAACUCCCCGACCCAAUCCCUUACAAUUUUGAUGGAAACAAGCGAUGCGCUUACCACUCGGGAAUCCAAGGGCAUGACACAAAAGAUUGUUAUGGCUUGAAAAACCAGGUUGAGACGUUGAUCAGAAGAGGAAUAAUAAAAUGCACUCCAACACCUCCGAAUGUGAACAACAACCCUUUGCCAAAUCAUGAGAAUCGAGAAGUCAAUAUGAUUUCUCUAGAAGAAAAGUACAACUUGGGAGAAACCAUCGCGCCUGUCUGGAACGCCGAAGAAGCUGCCACUGCAUCUCCAGUACAACCUAUUAUCACUGUUCAGCUCAGGGAACCUCUUACUGUCCAAACAUAUCUCCCGAGAGUUGUAGUAACCACUACAGUUGCUAGAAAGGCUGAGUUUGACACCAAAGAAGUCCCAUGGGAUUAUAAAACAGAAGCCAAGGGCAAGAUGAUUGACACCGCUGUGGCUCAGGGGAUGACUAGAUCAGGAAGGUGCUAUACUCCCGAGAAUCUGGAUCAAGGAGUUAUUGGGAAGGAGCCGAAUCCCAAGAAGAAUGUUACGGAUGCUGAAGUCACAGAAUUUUAG